AUGCUUACCGGUGGCGCGGGAUUAGGAUAUUUACGGGUUGUCUUGACAAUGGCUUCGCUGUACUAUAUGCCGCUGCAUCCGCGAACGUGCUCCCUUCUUUACAGUGUGUCUUGUUUGCUGGAUGCCCUAGACGGAUAUGCAGCACGCUACUUCAACCAGUCCACCACCUUCGGCGCGGUUCUGGAUAUGGUGACAGACCGCUGUACAACUGCGUGCUUGCUGGUGUUCCUGAGUUCGGCGUGGCCUCGCUGGUCUAUUGUCUUUCAGAGUCUGAUUGCCUUGGAUAUGACCAGCCAUUACAUGCACAUGUAUGCUACCCUCAGCAUGGGCGGGUCUGGUCAAAGUCACAAGAAGAUCGAUUCUAGCAGGAGCUGGAUCCUGUAUCAGUACUACAAUAGCAAGACUGUUCUGUUCAUCUGCUGUGCUCUUAAUGAGCUUUUUUUCAUUGGCCUCUACCUUCUUUCGUUCUCGUCCCCUAUUUUGUCUCCAUCCCUUCUUCAACCCGUUCCAGGCUCCGGAGCCGACGCUGCACAGCCGGUCUCGACUGACUCGUUCGCUAGUCCAUGGAGCGCUGGCGCGUUGGAGAUGGCUAGGGCCAACAAGAUUGACAGCACCUGGCCUUGGAUCAUCACCGGAAUCUCGGCUCCCGUUAUGGCUCUAAAGCAAAUCAUCAACGUGGUGCAGCUUGUCAAAGCUAGCAACUGGCUGGUUGAAGGUGACAUGGCCAACCGCCGGGCGCUGCGAGGUAAGAAAAACUAG